AUGCGAUUCCUAGAGAAGUACUUUCCAGACUUGGCUAAGCAUGCCUUGGAGGCUGAGUUUCUCACCCUACAACAAGGCAACCAAUCAGUGCAGGCAUACGUGAAUCGCUUUGAGUGCCUGGCGAGAUUUCAAUCGCAAGCUAUUACAGAGGAGUGGCGUUGCAGAAAAUUUGAAGGGGGUAACCUCAUACUUGACAAAUGUUUGUUAUCUGACCAUAGUCUUUUGGUUUUGUUUGACUCAAGGGCUACUCAUUCAUUCAUCUCCAAAGAAUGCGUGAGUAGACUUGGACUGGUAGUCCGCGAUUUGGGGUGUGAACUGACGGUCUCAACACUUGCAUCGGGGCUAGUCUCGACCAACUUAGUUUUUGUCGGAUGUUCUAUAGAAGUGGAAGGACACAGGUUCAAGGUGAACCUUAUUUGCUUGUCGUUGGAGGGACUAGAUGUGAUACUAAGAAUGGACUGGCUGUCAAACAAUCACGUCAUAAUUGAUUGUAGAUGGCGCAGCGUAAUAUUUCCAGAAGCUGACGGGUUGACAUUGAUCUCUACUCGCGAGGCUCUAAAAGAGGAGGCCGAAGGAGCUUCGUGCUUUAUGAUAAUAGUGCAGUUAGAGAAGAAGAGUACAUUUGAUCUUAUCAGAAGCAUACCGGUAAUGGAUGAAUACGCUAAUGUGUUUUCAGAUGAAGUUCCUAGAUUACCGCAAAGCUGGGCUAGUGUCGAUGGCCCCAUAUAG